GCAGUGAACUUCAAGUCCCAGAAAGCCUUUCGCCYGAUUGAGUAAAGUUGUCUGUGACGACCUUGGAUAUCGACUGCACUGCAAGCAUGGCGAAUAAAGAGCCCAACAGCUUCCUGRCACAUCUGCGGGACCUGGCCGGUCGUAUGUCUGGUGCGGGGGGCAAGGGAGCAGGGAUAGGUAUCAAGCUGCUCAUUGGUGYUGGAGCUCUGGCCUAUGGUGUCAAAGAGGCUACAUUCACAGUGGAUGGAGGUCAGAGAGCGAUCAUCUUCAACAGAAUUGGGGGGAUGCAGAUGGACACAGUGCUGGCUGAGGGACUGCACUUCAGGUUACCAUGGAUCCAGUACCCAAUCAUCUAUGACAUCAGAGCCAGGCCCAGGAAGAUCGCUUCACUAACUGGAAGUAAAGAUCUGCAGAUGAUAAACAUUGGGCUGCGUGUGCUGUCUCGUCCCGUGGCCGCCAACCUGCCCGCCAUGUACCAGCAGCUGGGGAAAGACUAUGACGAGAGAGUACUACCCUCCAUCGUCAACGAGGUGCUAAAGAGCGUGGUGGCCAAGUUCAAUGCCUCACAGCUCAUUACUCAGAGAGCACAGGUGUCCUUGUUGAUUCGCCGGGAGCUGUUUGAGAGAGCCAAAGACUUCAACAUCAUCCUGGACGAUGUGGCCAUCACAGAGCUGAGCUUCAGCAGGGAGUACACUGCUGCCGUAGAGGCCAAACAAGUUGCCCAACAGGAGGCCCAGAGAGCCCAGUUCUACGUGGAGAAAGCCAAGCAGGACCAGAGACAAAAGAUUAUUCAGGCGGAGGGAGAGGCAGAGGCUGCCAAGAUGUUGGGGCAAGCAGUGACAAAGAAUCCUGGAUACCUGAAGCUUCGACGAAUCCGAGCUGCCCAGCCAUUGCUAAGACGGUGGCAACGUCCCAGAACAAGGUGUACCUUUCCGCCGACAACCUGGUCCUCAACCUUCAAGACGAUUCUUUUAACAA